UAGGGAGAAAGUGGAGAUUUCCUUCAGCCAAUCCCAGGCGGAAGGUGGGGUGACGAAUUUAAAAGUCCAACUCAAGUUGCAGGAACUUGGAGCUCCACGGCUCAUAUUGUGAAGCGCAACUUCAGCGACCGCAUCCCCGAUGGCAGCUAAGAGAAAUAAAUAAACAAGACAAACAGACAGGAGGAAAAUAAUCAAUAAGUGACUCACUGACGGAGGUGCUUGAAGGAAAUUCGCCGCGGCGCACGGUGCGUAAAAAGGCGCUUCCGGGACCAUCAAUUCUAUUUAUUUUUUUUUUUUUUAUUAUUAUUUUGCAAACCAUUUACGGAUUUCCAUCAUUCUUGGACUUAAGAAAACAUGUUAAAAAUGACAGAGGAGCACGACAAGUGUGAGCAGCCUUGCAGCCCGUCGGGCACAAACAGCUCCAUGUCCCAGGACGAGUCUGACUCCGACGCUCCGUCCUCACCGACGGGCUCCGACGGACAGGGGUCCCUGCUCGCUGGUCUGGGCAAGAAACUGGACUCUGAGGACGACGAGCGGUUCCCAGCCUGCAUACGGGACGCGGUCUCUCAGGUCCUCAAGGGAUAUGACUGGUCUCUGGUGCCCAUGCCCGUGAGGGGGAAUGGAUCCUUGAAGAAUAAACCUCACGUCAAGAGACCCAUGAAUGCGUUCAUGGUGUGGGCGCAGGCGGCCCGCAGGAAGCUGGCGGAUCAGUAUCCUCACCUGCACAACGCAGAACUGAGCAAGACACUGGGCAAACUUUGGCGCUUGCUUUCAGAAAGUGAGAAGAGGCCAUUUGUGGACGAAGCAGAGAGACUGCGGGUUCAGCACAAAAAAGAUCACCCAGACUAUAAGUACCAGCCGAGACGACGGAAGAAUGUGAAGCCAGGUCAAAGCGACUCAGACUCAGGGGCAGAACUGGCUCAUCAUAUGUAUAAAACGGAGCCGGGGAUGGGAGGACUGGCAGGGAUGUCUGAUGGACCCCACCACCCUGAACAUGCAGGACAGCCUCAUGGACCACCUACACCACCCACUACCCCCAAAACAGACCUGCACCACGGAGUGAAGCAGGACCUCAAACACGAAAGCCGCCGUCUUGUUGACAGCAGCAGGCAAAACAUUGACUUCAGCAACGUAGACAUCUCUGAGCUCAGCACGGACGUCAUCAGCAACAUGGAGACCUUCGACGUCCACGAAUUUGACCAGUACCUCCCGCUGAACGGUCACGCCUCGGGCUUCUCCGCCAUGUCUUCAGAGCACAGCCACGGGACGGCCCCCGUGCCCAGCGGCUCGUACGCGUCCUCGUACAACCACACCGGCGGCUCGUCCUGGAGCCGAAAGUGCGCCAUGUCGUCCUCCUCUCCCUCUGCCGGCGAGGUCAGUCAGCACCGUCUCCACAUAAAAACGGAGCAGCUGAGCCCCAGCCACUACAGCGAGCACUCCCACGGGUCCCCCUCACACUCAGAUUACAGCUCCUACAGCAGCCAGGCCUGUGUCACCUCGGCCACGUCGGCUGCGUCGGCUGCAGCCUCUUUCUCCAGCUCCCAAAGCGACUAUACUGACCUGCAGAGCUCUAACUAUUACAACCCUUACUCCGGCUACCCCUCCAGCCUUUACCAGUACCCCUACUUCCACUCAUCCAGGCGGCCCUAUGGCAGCCCCAUCUUAAAUAGUUUGUCCAUGGCUCCAGCUCACAGCCCCACUACCUCCAGCUGGGAGCAGCCCAUCUACACCACUUUGUCCCGACCUUAAAGGGGACCACAGACCGUCUGUUUGCACCAGAGACUCGUUCAGUUUGAUGCACUACUAAUGAAGGACACAAAGCGGAGGUUAAAAGUUGUUUCUAGGGGCUAGUAGGCUACCUGUUUUGAACACGAAACACACAAGGAAAAAAAAGUGCCUGCUGAUUUUAUACAAAGUUCUAUUGCUGCAACGAAUACAUGCUUUUUUGCAGACUUUUUACACGUGAGCCAAACUCCUCCAUGAGGAUGUAUUGCCUAUAAGCCGACAUCCUGUACAUCCAUUCUUUUUUAUGUGCACAGCUGAGGCAAAAAAAAAAAAUAGACCAAGCUGUUUUGCAGGAUUUAAAAAGUUUGGCCAACUGUCAAAAAAAAAAAAAAAAAAGAAAAGAAAAGUGCAAAGAACCAGUCAUGUUAAGUUGCAGCAAAAUUUGCAUCAAUAGCCGGAGUGUCAUCACAGAACUCUAUUUGCAUCAGUGGUUCAGCCGUAGGUAAAUGGCUCCUUUGAAUUUUGUGUCAUUUUGCAUAAAAGUCUUAUAUGUAUUUAUGUUCAUGCAUUAUUAAGUUUUCUUUUGAAGUAGAUAAACACAAGUUAUGUGGGUUUGGUUAUUUUAGAAUAACGUUUUAUUGACGAAAAUAAGGUAAAUGAAGUAAAGCACAGCACGUUUUUUUUAAGACCAAUUUUCAGAAACAUCUCCAUUCCAAGUUUUCAGCAAAACAGACCGGACCAACAGACUUGCACAGGACAGAACAGGUGUCUGAAAUCUAUGCUUGUCAAAUUGCGAUUAGUCAUGAUCUGGGCUUAAAGGAAAUGGGGUAAAAUAACACCACACACUGAGUGACAUGUCAGCUGGACCUCCUGUAUUUGUGGAUGGAAAACAAGAAUACGUACAUGACACGUGUGUCAGAGAAACAAUGUUCAGAUGCGUGUGAGAUGUUUUUGUUUAGUUUUUUUAAAGGUUUGCCUAUUUUUUAACAUAAUACACACCAAAUGAGACAUAUUUUAUUAUUAUUAUUAUUCUUUUGUGAACUCUCUGAACUUUACCCACCACUCAAAUCUGAGUAUUUGAGCAGAAAGUGUCAUAUUUAUUUGAUCAAAACCUAACACACCAUUCCAGUCUAGCAUAAUGUAAAAGUUUUGUGCCUUCUAAUGAUUAUUGUCAGUAUUUCCAAAUAAAUAAAUUACUGAAUGGAAUUAUUAACUAACUUCAUGCUGCGCACAAUCCACCCACAAAUAUUUAGUUAACCGGCUCAUCAUGUCCUUAAUUUGACAUCAUUCCUCACAUCGAUUGGUAUCAUUCUGCAACACAUCAACCGAGAAUCCUGCAGAGCAACAGGCUCUGUGUUUUGUCCUCCGAAUUGCAUUUUUAUAUAUCAUUGUUGUGUACGAUCGAAAAUAAAAUACAUAAGGCUGUGAAGACAACUGUUUUAUUUUUAACUAGUUUCAUUCGCACAUGCACAGCUAACUCAUCCGCUGGCAGUUUUAUUAUGAUUAUUAUUAUUUUUUAAUAAAAGAUGCUUUGUCUUGAUGUUUGUUUUCGUUUUUUUUCUUACUGACAUCCACAGGUUAUCUGGUUUUAAGUUGUACAUUUUUCUUUCCCUAAACAAAUUUGGAAUUAAUUUGUAGAACAAAAAAAAAAAGAAUAAAUAAAUAUGAAUAA